GUUACUCUUUUCUGCCACAUACUCAAGUAUUCGCUGCAGCUAGUUGCAUAUUUCACUUUCACAUAUCUACUACAAUGCCGCCCAUGCCCGCAGCGAACAGAGCACAAGAACCUUCUACAUGGCAAAAAAGUAUAAUGGGCGCGAUGAUGGGCGGAGGCGUCGGUCUGACGAUCGGUUUCAUUUUUGGAUCAUACAGCAUUCUUCGAAACGGUUCCGGUCCUCGAGGAUUCCUAGCUACCCUUUCGCAGUACAUGCUUAGCAGCGCCGCGACUUUCUCUUUCUUCCUUUCUAUCGGUUCCGUUAUCCGUAACGACGCGCUCCUACCACCACACAUGGAAGCUGCCCGUUUGCAACUCCUUCCUCCUCUUGUGCGCUCCAAGGCUGAAGGCGCCAUACUAGUGCGUGCACGCUGGGAUGCGGAACGAGCGCGAAGAACAACUGCGUAGUGCAUGUAUUGAGACUAUAUGCGUUGACACAUGGUUAAGACGAGAAUAUAUGAAUGUUCU